AUGGCCGAUCCUAAUAAUAUAACUAAAGAAAAUUUAACUGAUGAAUGUUCGGAUGAAACAAUUAUUUUGAACGUUGGUGGUAUUAAGUUAGUAUCAGUAACACCAAAAGAAAUAGAAAUCGAGCUGGACUUUUUUCAAAUUCCACGACCAACAUCUAUUGAUAAAAUUGCAAUUACAAAAAUCAGAAAAUUAAUUAACGCGUUCAAUGAAUUAAUUAGUAAAGUUGUAGAAAGUUAUUUGAAAGAAUCUUCCUUUAAAAUCGAUAUUGAUGUACUUUUUCUUAGUAAUGGACAAGCUACAGUUCAUGCUUUAUUAGAAGAAAAUUUAUCGGAUGUAUUUUUAAGCACAAAACGUUAUGCAUAUAAUAUUAUGACCUUAUAUAAGGAAAUAAUUAAAGAACGUCUUGAAAAUGAAUAUCCGGAAUUAACUUGGGUAGGAUAUUUUAUUUAUACAUCUAUCAUUAUUUUCUUUGAAUAA